CCAUCAGCGAUAUUUUUAUUUUAUUUUCUCUCUCACUCUCCCUCCCUCAUCGACGUGCUCCGUGGCAUGAUAUGACAUGCUUUCCCAAAUCCACUUGACUCCCGCAUCUCGCCCUCUCCUACUCCCUGACGAGACAUUGUUAUUCGUGCAGAACGCGGUCGGGCUUUACGAAGGGAAAUAUAAAAUCCCGAAUUAUCAGAAUGGUAGUGCGUACUUGACGUCGCAUCGGGCUUGCUAUGUUGAUAAUGAGGAUCCGAGAAAGUUCUCGGCGGCGGUGGAACUUAAAGAUGUUGAUCGGGUGGAGUACUACACCGGGUUCUUGAAAUCUUCGCCCAAGAUCACACUGCUUCUUAAGCCCCCCAUUGCCACCACCAACGUCGCUGCUGCGAGCAACUUUACGUCCUCGCCGGGGAAUAGGUCUGCAGUGUCGACGCCCAAGCCCGCUACCCCGCUCAUCAGACCGACGUCCCCGUUGCCGGCUUCGACGGGAGUUUGGAUAUGCCCUAUAUGUUCGUUCUCGAACCCCAUCCCGUCGAACUACAUCCCGCAGGUGACUCCCGCAGCGUCCAUCCCCCCUUGUCUAGCCUGCGGGAUCAGGCCAUCCCCGGAGGUACUGGAGAGCUCGUCGCAGCAGCCGCCACCGAGGUCACCGACGCCCUUGUCGUCACUGUCGCCGCUGCAUCCCGCCGGGAGCGAGCUGACCCCGAGCCCGGCUACUGCCGCUACUACGACCGCCCUAGGCGACAGCGACGAAGCCACGUUUGCCUGUCCGAGAUGCACGUUCUUGAAUCACCGCUGGCUGCGUUCCUGCGAGAUCUGCGGUGAGCGCUUGAUAAGCCCAGACAUCCCCGCUGAACAGCUGCUAGAAAUCACGCGCGGGGAGUCGCCCGCUCCAACCUCGAUAUCCUUCAAGGGUGGGCUGGUCGGGGAGAGCGUAGAAGUGGUGAAAUUCUCGUUCCGCGCCGGCGGGGAUAGAGUCUUCCACGAGCGGCUCAAGAAUGCCCUGAUACAGCGGAAGUGGCUGCUGCAGAAUGCCCCGCCGGUGCCCACGCCUGGACAGAACGGCAAUGGCGGGACAUCGAACGGUGGGGGGGCUUCUGGCACGACUAAUGUUAAUGGCGACGCGGUUGGUGAGAGAGUAGUAGGCAUUGCGGGGCUCGAGCGUGCGGGUCUAAACGUGCGCAGGAAGAACGAAGCCGCUAUCGGCGGAGCCUUCGAGGACCUAGAGGCGCUCAUGGGCCGGGCUAAAGAAAUGGUGGCCCUAGCAGAAGAGUUUUCCACACGCCUAAGCUCAACCCCAACAUUCGCCAACAAUGAGGCUAAAGCCGCGCUGCGCAACUCCACCCAAGCCCUCGGCAUCGUGACAAAGGACAUGCUAACCUCCGCCGCUGGCAGUGGCAACAGCGGCGGCGAUAAAGCCUCAGACCUUUACCUCUCCGAACUCGCCCGCCAAGUAGCAGAAUUCCUCGCUGAUGAUGCGCGCGGCAUACUCAAGCGUGAGGGCGGGGUAAUCACGCUUGUCGACCUAUGGGCUAUAUACAAUCGUGCCCGCGGCAUAGAACUCAUCUCGCCCAGUGACCUGGAGAAGGCCGCCGGCCUGUUCGAGAAGCUGAAGCUCCCUGUGCGCGUUCGCAGGUUCCGGAGCGGGUUACUCGUCGUGCAGGAGAGUAGGAGCUCCGACGCCGAGACGGUAAAGAGGAUCAUGGAGUGGAUUGCUGGGCCCAGGUGGGGUUGGGGUGUGACGGCAGCCCAGGCCGCGGAGAAGUUUGGAUGGAGUAUUGGCGUAGCGGCGGAGGAAUUAGAGAUGGCGGAGGAGAGGGGUGCGCUUUGUCGUGAGGUUGGGGUCGAGGGGGUGAGGUUUUGGAGGAAUUGGUUUGUUGAGGGGAGGGGGGGAUUGUGAUGUGGGGAUUAUACCCUGGCGUUACCUGUCGUUUGGUGGUGAUAUGGCGCUGGGGUCGGGUUUGCUCCUUUGUAUUAUAGUAAAGUAAUAGAUGUGUGGACGAGGUAGCGUAUUAGACAUUAAA